AACAAACGACGACCAUGUCCACGGGCUCGGAGGAUCUCUUGCCAUCACGCCGUAUUGCCCAGAGCUUUACACCCAUGAGCACACUAGCUUGGAAGGUCGAUCCGGUGGGGGAUGCAGGGGUUGAUGUCGAUCUGAGCACGGUCGGCAUCGACAUGUCGACGAGAACGGUCGAGGUGCUGCGGACUGUGGCAGACGAGGUCUUGCUCACCCGGCAGCAUCUGGAAGGCGCCGGGUCGGGCAAGCUGCGGGAGAACCGGGCGGCGACCAAGAACAACUUUAGGGCUCGCGAGAAGGCCCGCUACACAUUCGCCAACAGGGGCCUUCCAAUGCCAGGCUAUACAGGUCAUCGCCCGCAGGGCAAGGAGCCCGCCGCCCGCGAUCCACACCUCCCGGACAUCCUCCACGCAGUCCCGGGCUACGCUGGCCACAAGCCUGGAACCUCGGGCCUGCUCUAG